AUGGUGUCGGAAAUGCGAGGCCUACAAGCCGCCAAGGGCUCACCAUUGCAAAACAUGCCAGAGAUGCAUUCCCAAGAUGGACCACCAUUGUCCAUGGACGAGGAAUUGCGUCUCGCAUUUCACAUUUCCUCACUUCGUCCGCUUUCUGUUCUAUGCCGUCGUCUCGAUGAUUACCUUGGUCCAAGUAUCGCACAGCUUACCCACCUGUUUCUUCUCAUCGUGGUCAAUAGCGUAACGCUCUUUGCCCUUUUCAUUCUUUUGGUGCGCACAUUGUGGUCAUUGGGCACUAAUGUCACCACGAUUGAGUCGUGGGAAAUUGAACGACACAAGACUCUCCUGAGACGAGCCCGCCAUUUUGGCGGCUAUCUCGAAGGUCCGGAUGGCAUCAAAAUGAGAAUUCAAAAGCAAGAAUUUCCCUAUGACAUUGGCAUCUGGAACAACAUCAAGGCCGGGAUGGGCAGCUCCAACAUCUUGAGCUGGUUCUGGCCAUUUGCAGCGACUCCUGGGAGAGAUACCGGGUUGUCAUUCGAGGUAAAUGGCUUCGAAGAUCCUGGCCUAUCCUGGCCCCCUCCAGAUCCAGAUCGUAUCCCUCGAAAGCCCAGAUAUAUGGACAUGGGGGAUCCAUUUCCAGUGCGACACUUCGACUCUGCACAAGAAGAGAUCGAGGCCUUCAAUCAGCGACAGAGGGAAGAUAUGGAACGGAGAAGUGGCGGCUUUGGUUUGCAGCGACGAAGAAAGUUUCACGAAAGAUAUGCCGAGCAGGACGCAGAGGGCGAAAACUCAUUCCAGGAUGAUGAUACCUCCAACGAAGGUGAAGAAGCCUGGAGAAAUGCGGAGGGUGACCGUCUGCAGGACUUUGGGGUGGAUGAAGAGGUUGAGUUUUAUGACGAGGACGACAUCCCUUUGGCGGAGUUGAUGAGACGGAGAAGGGAGCAGCAAGCUCAAGAGAGCUAUUGA